AUGUUAGGCACCGCGCUUCCAGCACGCACAUUGGGCGAACAACAUGCUACUGCAACGAGCUUCUCCUUCUCCGCAUCGAAUUUUGCCUUCUUUGCUGUAGCAGGUCUCGUCUUGUAUCUAUUAUACAACUGGGCUCUGCCUAAGCCGAUCGCGGGAAUCCCUUACAAUGUCGAAGCGACGAAGCGCUUAUUAGGAGACAUCCCCUCCGUGCUUGAUGGAAUCAAACGCACCGGCGAGUUCAACGCCUGGGUCAACGAGCAGGCAGACAAGUUCAAAUCACCACUCUUCCAAGUCUUCGUCCGUCCCCUCGGCAAGCCCUUGUUGAUCCUCUCCGACUUCCGUGAAGCCCAAGACAUCCUCAUGCGACGAAAGGACUUUGACCGGUCGUCCCUCGACGCCGACCUCCUCGAGGGCGCGGGGCGCAACCACCACAUCCACCUCAAAACCGGCGACGAGUGGAAGAGGCACCGCAGGCUCCUUCAGGACCUCAUGUCGCCGCAGUUCCUCAAGGAAGUCGCGGCACCGACGGUCUAUGCGGGGGUGUCGAGACUGAUCCAGCUGUGGAACGAUAAGGCGCGAAUUGCAGAGGGCCGGCCAUUCUCUGCGGAGCUGGAUAUCUACUACGGUUCUCUGGACGCGGUCAUGACGUUUACGUUCGGCGGUAGCUUUCCCAGCAGCGCGCUGUGUCCGACGGCGAAUCUCGUCAAGGGGCUGGGUGUGGAGGAUAUCAGGCGUUUACGGGGUUCAGGUCUCGGCAGCGACGAAGCCUUGGAAUUCCCAACGGAAGAAUGUGACGAGAAGAUUCAAGCGACGCUCGGUGUAGCGAAUUCGAUUGAGUACCUUCAAGGCUCACCGAUUCCGAGACUCAAGUGGUGGUUCGUCGAGAGACUUCCCUCGUUACGUCGCGUCUUCCAUGUCAAGAGAACGUACGUGCGGGAGGAGAUCUACAAGGCCCUGAAAAGGCUAGAGGAAGUUGGUGAUGAGGAGUCCAAGGUUCUGUCCGCUGUCGAGCUGGUAGUGCUCCGGGAAAAGAAGCUGGCAGAGAGUGAGGGCAGGGCUCCGGACUUUUUCUCCGAGAUCAUGGUUGACGAGAUCUUUGGCGUAGUUGUUGCGGGGCACGAUACAACCAGUACCACCAUGUGUUGGGGUGUCAAGCUUCUUGCAGACAACCCCCAGAAGCAGACCGACUUGCGCGAAGCACUCUGGGCCACCUUCCCCGAUGCAUUCGCCGAGCAACGCAGUCCUACCGUCAAGGAGAUCGCAGGAAACACGAAGGUUCCGUAUCUUGAUGCUGCCGUGGAGGAGAUCCUCCGAUGCGGUGGCGCCACCCCGCUCGUCGACCGCGAAGCGACCUGCGAUACCGAGCUACUAGGGCACCACAUCCCCAAGGGCACGGUCGUGAUGUGCCUGAAUAAGGGCCACAGCAUGAUGAAACCGGCUUUCAUCGUUGAAGAAUCAAAUCGUAGCCUGAGCAGUCAGAGUGCCAAAGCCAGGGCUUGGGAUGACGAUGAUAUCGGGCAGUUCAAGCCGGAGCGCUGGCUCGUCGAAUCAUCCAGUGUUCCCGGAGAGGUUGAGUUUGACCAGCAGGCAGGGCCUCAGCUCGCCUUUGGGCUGGGAACUCGCGGUUGCUUCGGGAGGAGGUUGGCGUACUUGGAGUUGCGAAUCAUUCUGGCGCAGAUCGUGUGGAACUUUCAGCUUCUUCCGUGCCCGAGGGAACUGUCUGGCUAUGUUGGCAAAGAGGGCCUGACGUACAAGCCGAAUGAUUGUUACGUGCGUCUACUAGCACUUGGGAAUAAAUAG